UCCAAGAAACCGUCCACAAACCAGCGCAGCUCAAGCAUGUGAAGCUGGAGAGAAGAAACAGCUAAAAUGUCAGUGAAACUUGUACUAGAACUUGUUUUUGUUCUAAUUGCGAGGCUCUCUUGGGCACAAGAUUGUACACCACUGGGCUUCCCUCACCUGAAAUGUACUGCUAGUAAAAACUGUUUAGAUGCCUGGAUAUCAAAUUUGACGAACAAUAAUUUCAAUCCUAGUGCUCCCACUGAGUUGACUGGAGAAUCUUUCCUAAAAGAUUAUGUUUACAAGGGGCGUACUUUUGAUAAUUAUCCUGCUUUCAAUAUCACUUGGAAGGCAGCUGAUAAUGCUGGAUUCCGUUACACCAAGGGAUUUAAAGUGACCAUAUUGUUUUUAAAUGGGUACAGAGUGAACGAAAACAUAUGCAGAUUCUACAACAUGACUGACGCUGUCUGGAAUGAUGCUGAUCACAUGAACCAACCAAGACCCAUGUUCCACUUCUUCAUAAAUAACCUUCCUGAAAGCACAGACUGCUGGGUUCAAGUUUGCAGCCUACCCAUGCCAAGCCCUGAUCGCACUCAACCCUGUGUACAUAUGUUCCAAAGUACAUUGGCCAAAGACAAAGACCCCAACACAUUAUCUGGAGCUUUAUGGUACACAACGAUACGUCUACAGAUAAAAUCUGCUGAACUGGAGGUCUAUUUCCAACCCAAGUCUGAUAUCAUUGUUUAUGAUGUGGAACUGCUUCAUAAUGAAACCAGUAAAAAAAUUAAGAGUAAUGAUGUAUAUGAGAACGAUCCAAGAACUUAUUUUCCCACUCCUUGCCCAGGGAGAUACAAAAUUUGGGUAACUCCCAAGCACACAAUGGGGAAACUAAAUAAUCGUUGUGUGUGCACAAAUACAGGGAAUACAUGUGAAAACCAUUGCACCACUACUUCCCUGGAGUUUGAGAUAAAAGAAUCUGACGUCAGUCGAGAAAAAUUACGCCAGUGCAAUCUCAGUGUAGAACUUCCUCCAUCCACUGCCCAGGUCCCCAAAAUUGUUUCUAAAUCACCAACACCAGGUGGCAGCAGUAAUGACUGGACAACAGGUGGCACCACCAAUGCUGUCUCUCCCAAGGUUGGAGCAAGUAAAGGUGCGGAUAGGCCCUCCAGUGCUGUGGUGCCUGCUGUGUUAGGUGUACUUGGAGCAAUGAUGUUGCUGGGUGUUGCGGCACUGUUGUAUUGGUGGAGAAGGAGGCCGGGUUACAGAAUUUCUAGCGGGGACUCUGAGAAGCCACUGACUAUUUACCCAAACAAUAAGCCUAAAGAUGGGAAAAAGAUACCUUUGGUCACUGUGACCCCAAAUCCCAAUCCUCAGACCAGGAUCACCAUGCCUGAUGCAGGAAAACAGUACUUUGAGAUCAGCAAAACAAAGACUGUGUUUUUGGUGUAUUCGGAUGACCAUGAACGUCACAGAGAAGUAGUCAUCAAAUUUGCCAAUUUCCUCAAGUUCCAAUGUGGCUGCGAUGUCAUCCUUGACCUUUGGUCACACCACGACAUCAUGUGCGAAAUGAAAACGGGCUGGCUGACCAAAAGCUGUGAUCGAGCAGACAUCGUGCUUAUCAUCAACUCCGAGGGAGCUUACAAACGUUUCAGAGCACGGCAAAAUGGAGAGGUGUAUGACAAGCUUGAAAACCAGUCGCCAACAUCUGACAUGUAUCUACAGGUGAUCACAAUGAUACGAGAGCGCUAUUUCAAAGAGACUACUGUGCCAUGUGCCAAGUAUGUCAAUGUGCACUUUGGUUAUACACCCGACACUUACAUCAUUCCGGACAUCCAACCCAAAUUCUUGCUAAUGAACCACAUGGAGAGCUUGUUCUUCCACAUCCACGGUAUAGAACAGUAUCAACCAGGAAGCAAGUAUACUGUUGAAGGGAUCAGUGAUCUGGAUUAUUAUUCUCAGCCAGAGCAGAAUCCAGAGGGAGUAAAGCUUUAUCAGGCUAUCAGAGAGGCAGAGAACUAUUUUUCAGAAAAUAAGAACUGGUUCAGUGAAAGGUAUGGUAAGCCAACGCCAGUGAGCGUUCCCCGAUUGGGACGAUCCUCUUCUCUGGACCCCUUAGACUCUGGCCUUGAGAGCCUCAGACCAGAGAAUCGAGAGGAGCUCCACACAGGUUGUCAUGACAACACAGCUUUGAUGAUAGACGAAGGCUUGGAAUCAAGGCCACAGCUGUGGAUACCCCCCACUGAGCUACAACGAACAUCUCCAGAGGAUUUUUUGGGACCAGCCUCACCAACGCCUGAGGCUUUCCAAUCGCCUCCCUCCUUUCACGUUGCACAGUCGUUAAAUGCCCGACGUCAGCAGCAGAAGCAGCUGGAGGACAACAAUUUAAAGCAAGGUCAAGGUCACCCUGUCUCUAAUGGCUGUGUCAAUAUUCCAUCGCUCAAGGACUCACAGUUGCCCAAUGGACAUGGCCCACCAAAAAUUUGGAUACCCCCGACCGUUUCAUUUGAUGCACAGAGUAAUGGCUGUCCUCAAUUCAUACCGCCAGAUGACAGCAGCCAUGAUGGCGAUUUCUCUCCUUACGAACCCCUGGCUACUCCGAAGUUCAUACCCCCAGUCUUCCCAGAUAAUGCGAGCGCAACUUUCAGUGAACAGGUGAGGAAUAUCAAUGAGGCAGGGUAUGAUGACUUUGACACAUUGGUGGACAGUGGUGACUUGAGCAAACCAGCGGUCAACAUUACUGAGGAAACAGCCUCAGUUGAGAGCAUAGGAGGCGUCAGUUUAUAAUAGCUGAGUCACAGUGAUAUACUAUUACUAGUAUUAUAUAUUUGGUAUAUACAGUAUACAAUCUAUGAGCAAAUAAUUAUAUGUAACAUAAAUGUACAGAGUAUAAUAUUGUAGCGUGGAGAUAUUCUUAAUCAGAAAGGACAUGAAUUUUAACAGUGGUACAUGUAAUUGUUUACACUGAUUACAUGUCCCAUUUUCCCCUAUUUUGAUAUUUUUUAAUCCCAGUCUGUGGCCAGCUUGAAAUUAAAUGUGAUUGCCUGAAAUUGGUAUUGGCCACAAAUAGGCCUUGUGUUCAAUCUAAAAAAGUACUUGAAUUUUACCAUCACACUAGUAAUGUGUGGAAUCAGAAUAACUGUUAGUAUAAUAUUAUACAGAAAUCUGCAAGUUUAGAAUUUUGCAAUAGAAGACAGUUGAAAACAAGUCUUUAGACUUACACAUUUUUGUAUUUGAUAUUUGGAUCUGAAAAGAAUUUUUUAAAAGGUGUUUACAGCAUGGUGGGCGGGGGAGGACACAUGAAGUGCUUUGUUAUGACCAUGGCUCCCCCAUGCAGUUUUUAAACUGACUUAAAUUUCAGACUCUGACAGUGAAGGGGAGCAUGGUGGGAAAUGCUUUAUGAAUUCAAAUAAGUUUUAAUAAAAAUUGGAGAUAUAUUAUUAUAAUCAUGAGCAAUGGGCAGUGCUGCUGUACUUUAUUACUUCAUGUAAUGUGAUGAUAUUUAUUAUUAAUAGUGUUACCUUCUUUAUUUAGAGGCAUUUUAGGUUCGAAAUAAGAGUAACUGAAAUGACUUUUGAGAUUUCUUUAUGGCAAUGAAUAUAUCUAGGUUGGUACAGAUUUAUUUUGUAAUACGUUAUGAAAGCAAACUACUUAUUAUCUCAAGGUUUUGUAUUCCUUUAUUCAGUAGGUAUACCCAAUGUAGAUAUUAAUGAUCUUUUUAUUUUUCACAAUCUCUAAGCCCACUAUCAGACAUGGGGAAACUGGCUGUCCAACAGGUCCGACCUCCAGAAAUGCCAGAGGACCUGCAAUAUUCUUGAUAUGGCAGGUUCUUGGGACUGGGAAGGUUUUUGUGAAAAUUCAGUACGUAAAAAUAAACCACAUGAUAGCAUAGACAAAUGAAAGUGAAAUGCUUAGUUCCGACCAGUGCAGAAUUCAGAGGAACUGCAGAUUUCUUGUAGUGUGGCAUACCUUUAGUAUUUCCAAUGUCUUCCCCAUGUCUGCCACUAGUGUAAAUUUGCUGAAUCAGAUGCCAGGAGAAAUUCCCGGCCUCUGGCUGGAGAUUUUCAUUCAUAUUAUUUGCAUACUUACAGAUAUAAUAUUGUUUUGUUUACUUAUUCUUAUGUGAUAAUACCCAGUAGGGCAUUGACCUCUUUGAUGUAGAAAUACGUAUUCAGAAAGUUAUAUCUUCUUUAUAUUUUUUACACUCAUUGUUUCGUUAUAAGAUUUGCUUAGAUGUGUGGUAUAGAGCAAUAUGAGGAAAUUGUAUGGUGAAUGGAUGGCAAGUAGUUGAUAAUUUUUUAUUCAGUCUUUAUUCAGCUGCACUGUAGUACUUGUUAUUAGUCACUGUAUUUUUGACAGACAAAAAUAUAUCCAGUUUAUAAAUUUGCAAAAAAAUUUUUAAUUGCUUUACACUUUUGAUAUUUUGGUUUAUACCUGUAUUGAAAUAGAUGUUGCACUUCGGUUUAAUUUUCAUUUUAAAAUUCCAUAUUGCUCAUUUUGUCUCCACUUUCCUGUGUUGUACAGUGGUUCUAAUGCACAUGCAAAGUACAUUGUAAAGCAGUACGCUUCUUCAUGGUUGCAAUGGAAAUUGUCCAAGAUAUCUGAAAGGGUGCAUUCCAUAUCUAGCCCUGUAUGGAGUCUCACUAGAUUACUGCCAGCUUGGCCAGCUUAAACGUCUGUCCCGCCUACUAAAAGCUGUAAGGGGGUAAUUAACU